GACAUGAAAUAGAAAGGACAGCUCAGAAGGCAUUGUUACUAUAUAUAUUUUUUACAACAUUGGAACAUCAGUGAAUAGCAAUCCUAGUCUGGUAUCUACCAUGGCAAGUUGCCUGACACUUCUUCUGUCUACUCUGGAUGAUUUGACGUCAAGAGAGCUGAAGAAGUUCAGAUUGUACCUGAGUGAGGGGAUACUGGAGGGCUUCGCUCGCUUGCCGAGAGGGAAGCUGCAGGAGGAUAGUGAUGCAACAGACAUAGCCAGUCGGAUGACCGAGAUGUAUGGCGGUGACAUCUCACUAAAGAUCACACUUCAUAUUCUGAGAGAAAUCAAACACAACGAGCUUGCUGCAAGACUAGAAGGAGAGCUAAAGAGGACUCAGACAAAUUCACAGGGUCUACUGAGUCAACUGGAUGGCUCAGAAACUCAUGAAUCACUUAAACAUGAGAACACAAUCAAACAGAAGAUCAGUGAACAAAACAAGUUGAGAUUGAAGAGGAAGUUUGAGAAGCUGUUUGAAGGCACAGAAGAGCGAGAAAACCAGAGAUACCUAAAUGACAUCUACAUUGAGCUGUACAUUGUAGAUGAGGAGAGUGAGAGGGUGAACACUCAACAUGAGAUCUGGCACAUACAGUCCGGAAUGGGAGAGUCAAAUGAGUUAAUGAUAAAAUGCAAUGACAUCUUUCAUUGUUCGCCUGGACAUAGACACAUUAGAACGGUCAUCACUAAAGGUGUUGCUGGCGUUGGAAAAACAGUGACUGUGCAGAAGUUUAUUUUGGACUGGGCAGAGGGUAGAACCAACCAGGACAUCGAUUUGAUCUUUGUCCUUCCUUUUCGGGAGCUAAAUUUGGUCAUUCAUGACCAGUACACUCUCCUGAAACUCCUGUUCGACUUCCAUCCUGAAUUAAGGGAUGUAGUUGAUGAGAAGCUGUAUGAUGAGUCUAAGAUUGUAUUCAUCUUUGAUGGCCUGGAUGAGAGCAAACUGCCCCUUAACUUUUUGGAGAACAAGAAUUUUUCUGAUGUGCAAGAGACCACAUCAGUGGACAUUCUGAUAACUAACCUCAUAAGGGAAAAUCUCCUGCCUUUUGCCCGUAUUUGGAUAACCUCACGACCAGCAGCUGCCAGUCAGAUUCCCUCUGAAUAUGUAGAUCGGUGGACAGAGAUAAAGGGGUUCAACAGCCAGCAGAUGGAAGAGUACUUUAAGAACAAAAUCAAGAACCCGACAGAAGCUGACCGAGUCGUCACACAAAUUAAGAAAUCCAGACCCGUCCACGUCAUGUGCCAAAUACCUAUUUUCUGCUGGAUUUUUGCCUUGGUGCUUCAAAAAGUGCUGAGUCAGGAUUGUGACGGAAAAAUUCCUCAAACUCUGACAGAAAUCUUUAUCCAUUUUCUGAUCAUUCAGAUGAACAGGAAGAAUCAGAAGUAUGACAGGACUGAUAGAGACCAAAAGAAGCUCUGGGAGUCCAACAAACAUGUAAUUCUGAAGUAUGCAGAGUUAGGAUUUAAACAGCUGGACAAGGGUAACAUCGUGUUUACUGAGGAGGAUUUGACAAACUGUGGGAUUGAUUUUAAUGAAGACCUAGAGAAAUCUGGAAUUUGCACUGAGAUUUUUAUUGAGGAAGUCCUGAUGCAGAAGAAACGUUUUUUUUGCUUCAUUCACCUGAGUUUUCAGGAGUUUCUGGCUGCUGUUUUUGUGUUGCAUUCCUUGGCCUGUGGGAACCUGAAGUCCCUUCAGCACCAUCAUAUCUAUGGAGAGAAGCUGCAUCACAUCCUAGGGAGUGUCGUGGACAAAUCCUUGCGGUGUCAAAACGGACACCUUGAUCUUUUCCUCCGCUUUCUUUUGGGCAUAUCAAUGGAGUCCAAUCAAAAACUCCUUCAAGAACUGGUGAUGCUCCCAGAAAGCAGCUCAGAGAGCAUUGACAUGACCAUCAAGUUCAUCAAGGAUAAACUAAGCACUGGGUUCUAUUCUGCCGAAAGAUGCAUGAACCUCCUUCUUUGCUUGCUCGAAAUGAGGGACAACUCUCUUGAAAGAGAGAUUCAGCAGUAUGUGACAUCAGGACAGAUGCUCUCACCAGACCAGUGCUCAGUGUUGGCUUACAUGCUUCUGAUAGCUGAGAACAUACAGGAUGAGUUUGACCUGGGGAAGUACAAUACCACAAACGAGGGUCGUAACAGGUUGAUUAUUGCACUGGGGGCGUACAGGAAAGCAAGGCUGGUUUGCUGUGAUCUCACAAAGGCAUCUUGUAUACAUAUAAAAUCUGCGCUCCAGGCAGAAAAAUCACCCCUGAGAGAGCUGGACCUCCGUGGUAAUCAGCUGCACAGAGAUGGAGUCCAGCUGUUGUUUGAUGGGUUGACCCACAAAAACUGCAAACUGGAGGCACUGAGGCUUUCUGGCUGUAAUUUUACCCACACAAGCUGCAACACUCUGGCCUCAGCCCUUUGCUUGCAGCACUCACACCUGAAGGAGUUGGACCUGAGCAACAACCCCCUGAAGAGCAUUGGAUUAAAGGACCUGACCACGGCACUGAUUCACAGCAACUGCAAACUUGAGAAACUGGGGCUUGCCCAUUGUAAUCUUACAUAUGGCUCUUGUAGAAUUCUGGCAUCUGUGUUGGAAUCAGCAAACUCACGACUUAAACAGCUGGACUUAACCAACAAUGAUCUGCAGGAUUAUGGAGUAAUAGUGUUAGCAAAUGCCAUGAGUCAUCAAAACUGCCGACUGGAAACACUGAGGCUCUCUGGCUGUCUUGUCUCCAAGCGGGGUUGUGAGAGCUUGGCCUCAACACUCAGGUCAAAUCCCUCCCACCUGACAGAGCUCGACUUGAGCUACAAUCAUCCAGGGGUACUCUCGAGGCUUCUUGAGGAUAAAGACUGCAAAUUGGAGAAGCUGAAACUUGAUCACAAUCAAAAACACUGGCUGAAGGCAGGUCUAUUGAAAUAUGCCUGUAAGCUCAAAUUUGACGAAAAUACCGCACACCCAUAUCUCUCCCUUUCUAAGGCAAAUAGAAAGGUGAUCCGUUUGCAAGAGAAGCGUUCCUAUCCUGACCACCCAGACAGAUUUGAAGAGUUUGUGCAAGUAUUGUGCACAGAAGGCCUAACUGGACGCUGCUACUGGGAGGUUGAGGUAACUGGAAUAGUUUCUGUCGGAAUGGUUUGCAAAAGCAUCAGCAGGAAAGUUGGCGAAAGCAAGAUUGGAUGCAACAACCGUUCCUGGAGUGAAAAGUUUCAGACUCUCCAUCCCUGCAGGAAGCAUACUUCUCUCUAUAGCCUUAUGUCAUCCAAAAUGCGAGUUGCAGUGUAUCUGGACUCGGCCGCUGGCAUGUUGUCCUUUUACACAAUCAAUGGACAUGACCUAAGACAUGUGCGCACAGUCUAUUCUGAGUUCAGUGAGCCCCUCUACCCAGGAUUUGAGCUUCUGUACCAUGAAAUCCACGAGUCCUCUGUGUCCUUGCUGUAGAUAAGCUUGCCAUUGGGACACCUUCCAACUUCAGCUGUACAUAUUUAAAAAGUGUUCUAUUGAUAAAAACUGGCAAUCAUGGGGCAAAGUGAAUGGACACAACAAGGUACAAAAAUGAUCUCUAACUAUGCUGCAAACCUCAGAUACUUAUUGCUGUGGAUAUAGUGAAUGAACGUUUCAAAGGGAAUGAUCAUAUUGUGGAUCAAAAUAUGUGGUUAUGUUGCAUGGCAGCUUGAAAAAGUCAAGUAGUAUCACUACUUUGCUAUCUGUAAACUGUAUCUGUAUUUAGCUCUGAUUGUAAAGCAUCAUCAGUAUGUCAUUGUAUAUUUGUGUGCUUUUUAAGCCAGUUUAUACACCGUGUUUUGUGUUUACACUUACACUAGGUGGGUGUGGACUGUGGAGAGACUGCUGUCUCCUAGAGACAUUACAUGACAGAUCACCUCCACACUGCCACCUUCAUUUAAAGAGUAACUCUCGCCAAAAUGCAACCUAGGGUCUUUUUGUGAAUGUACCCGAGUCAAACUUUAGUUUUAACAACUCACUUCCUGACUGGCAAAUUGGUGGCGAGCGGAAAAACAACUGCUAAAAUGAGUUGUUCAAAACCUUUCCUUUUAGUAAACUUCGUUUACACAAACAA